AUGAGCGCGCCUGCAGCAGUACCCAACACCGACAAUGCGCGCACCGCGGUGGAUAAGUUGCUUGGUGUUUUCCGAUACGUACCUGAGUCCAACCAGUUGGCCCACGUUGUACGCUUCCUCAGCACAUGGGCUGGCACAGACAAGUUCCUGAUGGUCACUCAGUACAGCUCCAAAAUGCUUGUAGGCAUACUGCUCUUUCUGCAUGGAAUGCGCAAGCGCUUUAACAUGACGACGAGCAAGACGGCAAGCGGCGCAGAUAAGCUGACGCGCCUUGCUGGCGUCGUUGGCGAUGCGCGCAUUCUCUUCCGUAUCUGGAGCGUGCUUCCCAUGAUCCAAUGGCUUUGCAGCAUCGAGCGCAAGGCGCCGCAAAACAAGCUGUUGCUCAACAUCGAGCGCCUACAAGGCCUGUCCAUGAUACUCUACUGUCCCCUAGAGGCCGUUGCAUACCUUGCCAUGCACAACAUUCUCGACAUUUCCCCAGCCACGCAAGGCAAAAUCUGGGGCCACUGCAUGAAAUUUUGGCUUCUGUACGUCUUCCUCCAAUUUGCGCACAUCUUUGAGGACCACCGCCUGCUCCGGAAGCGCGCCAAGGCACUUGAGCGCAGUCGCGGCCAUCCGCUCCCGGCGCCCAAGUCGACCGCUAUCGACUCCGCUGUGCCGCACACUAAGGAGCAGCAAGAAACGCGCCGCAUGUGGAGCGAGAUUCAAAAGACCAAGGUGUCAAUUGUCACACAGCUUUGGGUAUACCUGGGCUACCUGCCGCCCACUAUCCAUUGGGCUUCGCCUAACGGCCUGAUGCCCGAGUCCUGGGUCGGCUUCUUUGGUACCAUUGCCGGCGGAGCGGGCCUGCUUGGCCCGUGGAGGGCCACUGCGUAG